UCGUGUGAUGUGUUAUGGGUGACGGUUGAAUUUUGAUUUAUAACGUCAAUUUAACACUUAAUCUGUGUUUAAAUAAGCAAAUUAAAACUAGAAGGAACUUAUAUUUAAUGUGUUGUGCAUUUUUUGUUUAAAGGAGCGGUGUAAGAAAUGAACGAUUUCACAAAGAUUGUCCUAUCAAGUCCAAGAGUAGGGCCAAAACAGGACUAUGAAAAAAUAUUCACGAUUACCGAAAAAUUAUUAUCGGCGGCAGCUAAAUAUGGAAAAAAAAGAGCGAAAGAUAAUGAUGCUCCAAUAGAAACGGACGCUUCUAAUCUGAUGCACACCAUGACAGGCGAGCCCCUCGAGGUCUGUGAGCUGUUCGUCAAUGGCUUCAAGCUCGUCAGGACCUUCACCGACUGGUACCGCGACCACGACCGGCGGCGCCUGCUCACGCACCAGGACCACCGCGAUGAGUUGAUCCUGCGCCACAUCUUCAUACACCACUACGUGCAUCUCCACCGCAUUCCUACCGUUGAGAUCAUGUUAGGCUGUUUAGAAGAACAUUUCGGCCAUUCUUACAAUCUAGAUUCUUUAACCCAGUUGUUGCAAAGAAACGGUUAUAUUUGGAAACGCGUAAAGGGAACGUCGAAAAGUAUCGUUAUGGAAGAUCCGAGGAAACGAUACGAACGGAGAAAGUAUUUAGAUACAAUUUUAGAAAUGAGAAAGAAUAAAUCUCAUUUCGUUUAUAUCGAUGAUACGAUAUUCAUAGCAAACGAUUGCUCUACCUCUGAAGAACGCGCUGAAAAUUUAUAUUGCUAUGCGGCCGUGUCGCCCACUUUAGGACUUUUGAAUUCGGCAUGCAUGCCUCUUACAAAAGAAAUAUCUAAGGUAAUAAAAGUUCCGACGGAAAAUUUUAUUCUGGAAAAAGUAAUAUACGAAAUACCGCAGGCUAGCGUGAUAGUGAUCCCGGAGAGAUCGUAUCACGCGGAACCUUUCCUCGUAGUUCCGAACGUGCACAGCAGCAAGGAGCAGAUGCAGGCUUGGCUGCUGCACCACGACGUGCCGCACACCAGCGACAUGCACAGCGCGCAGCUGCUCCAGCUGGUGCAGCGCUCCAAACGUCACGCCCAAACCGACUUGCGCAAGUUUGAUAUCACCUUAUCCACGUACGGACACAAGGUAGUAAGAUUGCCGCGACAGACGAGCUAUCUGUAUUAUUUCCAACAAUUUUGGACUGAAUUCAAGCAAUUAAGGUCUGCGACCACCAACGAUUGGAAGGAUGUCGUGCCGGAGGCUUUAAAAAGAGUUUCAAAUAAAAGUUGGCUCGAAAUGGAAUCUAAUUUAGCUGCGUUGGAACAGAAAGUGAUAGAAGAGGACGAGGCGCUGGAGAAUAUUCUCGAUAAGAUACAGAUGAUGGCUCGGGAUGGUCUAGCAAAAAGCAAAGUGACUGAGUGCGAUGAAAUAGAUUCCGAUGAAUGGUUACAUGAGGUCAUAUUUCCUUAGAACUAUUUGUUAUUAAAUUUUGAAAAUAG